AUGCAGCCCCCGUGUGCGCUCCAGCUCGGCCCCCGCGGCCCCUCUCCGUCCCUGGGAUCGCAGAGUGCCACCGUGGGCUUCCAUCAGCUGGAAGAGAAGCAGCUCUUUGAGAAGUUUUGGAAGGGGACUUUCAAGGCCGUGGCCACCCCGAGACCGGAGAGCGUCAUCGUGGCCAGCAUCACCGCCCACAGGAGGGUGACCAACUUAGAGACAACCGCCUGCCAGCCGCUCAAGACUGAUGAGAGGAAAUCGGCGGCCACCAGGGUGGACACGGCGGACAGACAUGGCUGCAUCAAAGGAAAAAGACGCAAACACCACAGUCAUCGCAGGGCCAGGAGCCCCUCCUUUGAUGAGGAACUAUCCCCCCGGCCCAAGAGGAAGAAGAAGAAGAGAAAGUCUGAACGGAAGAGGAAAAGGAAAAGGUCUCCUUCCUACAGCCUGUCGCCACUGAGGAAGAAGAAAAAGAAGAAGAAGAAGAGCUCCAAGAAAAGCAAGCGGCAUAGGUAUACCUCCAAAAAGUCAAAACACAGUUUAAAACAUAAGAGGAAGGAUGAGCGCAAGCACAAGAAAAGUUCACGGACUCACUCGCGGCGGAAGCGACGCUAUCGGAGGUCAGAGUCGGACAGUUCUUCUUACCAAUCUUCCACAGACGACAGACACCAUCUGCAGAAAUCUGUGGUACAUCAGGCAUUAGGAGACCUGGCAGUCGUAGUAGAGGAAACCAAUGGAGUGCUUGACCACACGGACAUGAAGUGGAGAUCUGCAACCAAAUCAGUGUGUAAAACGGCUCCAAAAUAUCGCUCCAUCCUCUCCACUGCCACCAUGUUGUCGUCAAAACCUGGAAGCGAGCUUUUACAUGGAAAAGGGUCUCAGCAUUUAUCGAGCCAGACCGAAGGUCCGCAUGAUUACGAUUCUGGGAAUGACACCUCUUCGCCGCCGUCAAGCAAAACUGGCGUUUCUCAGGCAAAUGUCACUGACAACAAGAAGACCCACUGUAAACGCCUGGCCUCGCCAGAGAAGCUGAAGUUCAAAGACAAUGCCUCUGAUUCAGGAAACUCUGUGACCAGCUACGCUUCCCUGUGCAAACCUUACAUGGAGGACGGCUUGUCUGCAACCCUUUUCAGUGGAAACGGCAAGAGAGAGCAGAUAACCUUAGGGUGUCGGGUAGAGGUUGUGAGAUCUCCAAAGCCUUCCAGCUGUUCACAGAGGAUGAGAGAGUCGUCUCGAAGGCGUCUGAAAACCCGGUCAUCCAGCAGCAGGAGCAGGAGCCGAUCCUCGGGGAGCUCCAGAUACUCUGGGCGCUACUCUCGUAGCCUGUCGCUGUCAUCUUGCACCUCGUACUCGCGUUCACCGAGUUAUUCAGCUGACCUGAGGCGACGAGGCAGCGUGGCCAGCCUGAGCUCCAGAGGAAGCUACUCCAGACACAGUGCUGACAGACUACGAGACAGAAAGAGAACGCAUAGCUCCCGAGAGAAAGAUGUGAAGCAUGCACAUAAGGUUAGUGGGAAGAGACAAAGACGCAAAUCCUACUCUCCUAUGAAGAAAAGGAGGAGAGACUCGCCAAGCCAUCUGGAAGCACGCCGAAUCACAAGUGCCAGGAAGCGACCCAUCCCUUACUUCCGACCCAGUCCUUCGAGCAGCAGUCGGUCCACCAGUGUGUCGUCCUGGAGCAGCCUCUUCACCCGCAGCCGCAGUCGCAGCCCCAUCCACAGUAUUAGCCGGAGCCGGAGCCAUAGUUACUCCUCCUACAGGAGCUUCAGCCGCAGUUCAUCCUGGAACUCAAUCUUUGGGACCCGCAGUCGCAGCCGGAGCCGCGGUUCAUUGAACAAACGCAACAAAACGAGGCAUUAGGUUUCUUAGAGCACAUUAAGGGACGAGAGCGGGUACGGUGGAUGUUGGAGCAAUCGUCUGUGUCUCUGUGCUCCACUUUGACACUUGAGUGGAAAUGUCCCCGCAAGGGGUCCGACCACGUCUUUCAUUGAGGCAGUCUUGUUCGCUGUCUGCUUACAGAGACCACUGGAGACCGAAUGUCUUUUUGUUUGUUUUGUUCUUGUACUGCAUUCUCUUGCAUCAGCACUCACAAUGGCCUGAGGCUAUUUAUCUCUUAGAUAUUUACUAUAGAAAAUGCACAUGGGACAUAAACAGUGUUCCUGUAUUUGGUCAACAAACAUCGCUGUUCCUUAUUUUAUGUCCAUGCACUUCCCAUUGAAUUACUAUCCUAAAUAAAUGCUCAAUAGUUAUUUAAAAAUGGAUUGUUCUUUAAAAUGGUGCAUAAUGAGGC